AUGGCUGCUCCAAUAAAUAUUCAUGAUUUUAUAUUGAAAUCAUACACCGAGGCAAAGGCAUUAUCUGAUUCGAAUUUGGAAUUGACCUAUGGCGAAGAACAUGUGUUACCAACAACAAAGGAGCAUGGUCAACAAAAAUGUCCAGCUUUAAUCUAUCCCUUUGCAGCAUCUCCACUAUUUGAAGUUCCCAUAAAAGGCAGUAAAUUAUUACUUGAAUCGAAUGCAGAUGAGAAUAUCAAUAAAUCUAUUACGGAAAUUACACUAAAUGUUGCGGAUACCGGCAUAACUUGGCAACCUGGUGAUACGAUAGCCAUUUUACCACGUAAUCCCCGCAAAGAAGUUGAAAGUUUAUUAUACGCUUUGGAUUUGAGUGACAAAGCUGAUCUCACAUGCCACAUUAAAGUCUCUCCCUUGUGUACAAAGAAAACCGUAAAGGUCCCUGCACAUAUCCCCACCACAAGUACACCAAGAGAACUACUAAGGGAUUGCAUUAACAUUCGUGGUGUUCUGAAGAAACAAUUAUUAAGCAGUUUGGCCAAUUAUUGCAGUGAUAAUGAUGAAGUGCAAUUUCUUAAAUCUCUAUCUUCCAAGGAGGCUUCAUCCCAGUACAAUGAUUUAAUAAUGGAAAAAGGUUUUACUCUACUCGAUAUUUUGGAAGUGUGUCACUCGUGUCGACCACCUCUGGCCUUGCUAAUUGAACAUUUACCCCGACUACUACCCCGACCAUAUUCCAUUGCAAAUAGCCAGCUGGAGAAUGCGAAGGAGAUACAAAUUAUUUUCUCCACACUUUGUGAUAAACCCGGUGUAACAACUCAAUUCCUUAUGGACAAACUGCAGGAAGAGCAUCCCUCAAUCGUAAUGUAUUUAAGGCAAUCGAAUGCAUUCCGUUACACCACCGAAGAAGAUUUCGAGAAAAAUCAAAUACUAAUUGCAAUUGGCACGGCGAUGGCACCAUUUUUGGGUUUUCUACAACACAAGGAACAUCUGAGCAAGCAAGAAACGAAAGCAGCUGGUGGGCAGACUUGGUUAUUUGUUGGCGCCACAAGUCAAGAAGCCAUCUUGCACAGAGAUCAACUGCUAAAUUGGCAAGACAAAAAUGUCCUGAACAAAUUCGUAGAGGCUUAUUCACGUUCUUCGGCCAGUGAUUACAAAUAUGUUCAGGAUGCUUUGCAUCAUCAUGGCGAUAGCAUUGUGGAGUUGUUAUCAAAUCCCAAUACGGCGCUAUAUUUAUGUGCUGAUGGUGGUGAAAUAUCAAAGAGUAUAGAAAAAUGUUUAUUGGAAAUUUUCCAAGAAAAAUUACAAAUUUCCGAAACGGAGGCUACAGAAUUGUUAAAAGAUUAUAAGGCAAAGGGGAAAUACAGACUUGAUGUAUGGCUUUAA